AUGAGAUGUCGCCAGCCGCCGGCUGCAACUCCCAGAGUCUUUGAGGCCAACUGUUGCUGUUUCUAUCUCUGCUGUGCCUUCCUUCCUUCCUUUAUUGUACUGCGCUGUACCGCACUACAUUCCCGUUUCCUGCGCUGCCCUGUACCUUCCUUGUCAACACUUUCAAAACCUGAUAGCAUGGGCAAGGAAAGAUUCAGCAAAAAUGGAAGGACGAGGCGGUGGGGAUUGCCUACCGAAUACUUACAUACCUGA